AUGAACACCACCCCAGCAGCAAACCGAGACUCGAAUGUUGCCAGUGACUCGGGGAACCGUGCGUCUGACAGUGCGAUGAAGGCGAAGAAUGGCCGGUCAGCAAAGAAAAAUAGAGAUAAUCACAAGAAUUCGCCGGCUCCAGCUCGAACUGCGAGCCUUGGUCAUGGUCACCGUCAUACCUCCUCGCAGUCUUCUAUCAAGGAUAGCCCUCUAUAUGCCGGACCAACCUUCCAUGCCUCUCCUGCGCCAUCGGCGCUCCCAAUACCAUCGUUUUUUUCAAAGUCAGUGCCGGAAACUGACGGUCGAACUUCUGAUGAGCUCCAGGAUGAGUCACCAGACACCGACCCGGGAGACAGUACGCCUACAAAGACGAAUAAUGCCCCCCAGCAACCCCAACAGGAAGCUGGUACAGCUUCCCCUCUCGAUUUUCUUUUCAAGGCCGCACGCCAAGCAAGAGCCGCCAACCCUGUGAGCGAGCUUGAGGAUUCUGGCCCUUUCAAUGGAUCUACACCUCCGAGAAGCGAGGUACGCCCACAGCAAGGCGAAAGACAGAUCAGUGGUGGUAUGUUUCCUUUAGAAUUAGAAGGCUCAGAUACCCGAAUGUCGCCGAUUGGCCCCUCAUUUGCAACCUCUUUCAAAGAUCGGAUGAAUGCCUUGCGUGCAACUAGCCCAGGGAAACAAGGAGGUCUUCCUGGCACAACACGAGAAAACAACACUACUGAUACCAACAAACUCAAAAGCGAAGCUCUCAAAAAUUUACUUCUUAACCCUCCACCGCAGCGCGCAGCCUCAGCAUCCCCGAGGCUCACGGACCCCUCAAACGGCCCCAGCAACAAUGGCAGUAAUAAUAAUAAUAACAAUUUCAGAAUGUCUGGGGACUACUCUAUGUACCAACAACCCACUCGUUAUGCUUCUGGCCCCGCUUCACCAGUACCUUUUGCCCAUUCCGGUAAACCUUUAGGAACCCGCAACGAAUUUAGCGGCCCGGAGAGCACGAUUCCACAACAAUAUCUGGCAUCCCUGUGUGCCCAAACCCAUCGUUCACCCGCACCAUCUUCUGGGCUGCGAAGUAUGGUGGCUCCAACCAGCCCGGUUACUCCGCCUCGUCAGCAGUCCUUCUCGAGAUAUGCACAGUUUGGGCUUAGCAGUGCUCCUCCAGCUCAUGCAAGCUACAAUGGGGCAGCUGGAGGUGCCCUUACUUCUCCGACGCCGAACCGAACAAUGCAACCAAACUCUUCCACGCCUCCUGCGAGGAACUGCCCUCCGCCAAAACUGGAUUCUGCGGAAACCAAACGAAUGGAAGAUGACUUACGGCGUAUGUUGAACCUUAAUGUGAGCGAUGGUCAACACCCCGAGAACACAGAGCGGCGUUCCUCCUAG